GGUGGACCGCUGCAGAGAUGCAGUCGGUGUCAGCUGCCUGAGUGUAUGUGUAAUGUGUCAACCGUCCCAAGACGAUGCAUCUACAGAGAGAGAGAUAGAUAUACGGAAUGUAUACGUUAUAAAUAUAUAAUUCUUAUAUACACCUGCAGAAGUAUAUAUAUAUAUAUACCUCAAGCCCUUUAGCGCAUACGAAGAAUUCUUGAAUCUGUUGAAGAACAGAAAAAGGGAAGAAGAAAAAGGAAGAAAUGGCUAUGCUGAUGAUGGGAUUGAGUGUGCAGUGCGUGUUGGACUUCAUGGUGGCGGGGAUUUCGCUGAUGAUUGGGCUGGGCUUGUUCGCGUUCAUCGCUUCAAUUCUUUGCUCGGCUGCUUUCUUCCAGAAUGCCAAGGAGAUUUCUUGAUGGGUUGGAACGGAAGGCAUCCGUUUGCUGCUGCAACUGCAACUUCAAUAAGGUUCUUUUUCUCUUCACCUCCUGAAUACAUAUUGUUGGAGAGUGCACAUUCUGCCAACUGCCAAGGUGAUGCUAUCUACAUAGCAAAGAUAAGAUAUUGUAUCUGGUUAUCUUGUUCUAAGUUUGUAGAAUUCAACAUGUACCAACGUUGUUGCAUUGCUUUUACCUCCGAAACCUCGGAGUAAUAUUAACUUUUUUUCAACGUA